AUGUGCGCCUUCGCUCAGACGGAUGAUAACGAUUGCUGUCAACCCUUCAGAUCUAGCAUCAUGAAUUUCAGAGAGAGAGGCGGGCGGGCGGGGCGGGAAAGGUCGAGGAACGGUGCCCUACCUGAAAUGAGCCUCCGGGAGCACCGAGACUUCCUCGGCCUGGACGAUGGUACGGCGAAGAUCGUGACGCUGGCAAGUGAUGAUGGCGGCUUAGAUGGUGACACUGACAACUGA